AUGAAGCGACGUGAAAGCCAACCCAAAGACUCGAACGAGGGAGUAGCGAAGAAACCUGCGUCCACGAAGUGCAGAGUUGGCGACGUUGAUGAGCUGGCCGUGGCUGGCAGUGGAAUCCGCGAUCAAGAGCAGGAGAACAGGACCUCGCGGGUGGAGGGGAAACGCCGUGUAUGCAAGGAGCCAGGGUGUACGAAAAGGGCGAGAUACGGUGGUCCUAAGCCAGGUUGCUGCUUUCCCCAUGGUGGGGGGCCAAGGUGCACGGUGCCGGAUUGCAACAAAAAGCGGGUGCUGAAGGGCCUCUGCAUUGCCCAUGGAGGAUACCGAGAGUGCAAAAUCGAUGGAUGCUGCAGACGUUCAUACACCAAAGGGUUAUCGAGCGGUAAACGAAAACGCAACCUCUGCAAGGAACCAGGAUGCACAAAGUUGGGGAGGUUUGAUGGAGAGAAGAAGGGCUGCUGCUUUCGGCACGGAGGUGGACAAACCUGCAGCGAACCUGGAUGCACCAGGGCGCGACUUGUAAAAGGUCUAUGCGGUGCCCAUGGAGGCUAUUACGAGUGCAAGGUGGACGGAUGUACCAAGCGCAAGCACAGCCGCGGCUACUGCUACGCACACUAA